GCAGCGCAUGAGGGGAGUGACAGGAUGAUCGCAUGCCAGUCGAAUACCGUCAGCGGCUGUGUCGACACCGCCGUGUCUUCUCCGUUCCACGCCGCUGCAGGCGCCGGCUCCUUGCAGCUCUGACCCGGAGCACCAGCGGAGCACCGAGCACUGCCAAAGCAGGAACUGCAGCUGCAGAAGCGGCGCUGUGGCGGUUUCUCGCAACAAAGGACAGAGGCUGGGAGAGCCAGCCGUUCUGUGAACAACAGACGACGGAGAGGUGUCGGCAGCCCAGACCGGGAAACUGACCCAGGAGGCAGCUGAACAGUGGCCAGCCGUCGGCAGAGGACGCAGCCCAGCCAUGGCUGACGUGGAACAUCCCAGACGGAUGAGCAAAGAGCACAUUCUGACCACGGACACGGACAGUUUCCAAGUGGGCGACCGUGUCUGGGUGGGCGGCACGGUUCCUGGCCGGAUCGCCUACAUCGGCCAGACCAAGCACGCCACGGAGGACGUGGCUGGCGUGGUGCUCGACAAGUCGGUCGGGAAGAAUGACGGCACGCUCGGCGGCCACCACUACUUCAUGUGCGAGCCCAAGCACGGCGUGUUCUCCAAGCUGACCAACCUGACGCGCGAGUGCAUCGGCACGCCGCCUCCCGACUACGAGGAGCCGCCGCCGCCGGCCGGCUCCGGCUCGCGGCGCAACUCGCGCAGCUCUCCGGCGCGCCACGUGCCGGCCGCCAGCCGCAGCUCCCCGGCGCGCCACGUGCCGACACACGGCGGCUCACCGGCCCGCCACGUGCCCUCCAUACACGUGACCGGCGGCAGUCCCGCGCACAGGAGACGCUUCUCCGAGCAAAUAGGAACGUCUGGCCAGCCGCCGGCCGUGCACUGGGUGCCGCUACACCACACGGACGUACCGGGCGGACUGCGCUGCGGUGACCGAGUGGCCGUGGCUGGCUCCGGCGGCCGCCGCGUCGGCCUGCUCCGCUACAUGGGACACACGGAGUUCGCCGAGGGCAUGUGGGGCGGCGUGGAGCUGGACGAGCCGCGAGGCAGGAACGACGGCGCCGUGGCCGGCGUGCGGUACUUCCACUGUCCGCCCAACUUUGGCCUGUUUGCGCCGCUGCACAAGAUCACCCGGCUGGGGCCGACCAUGGUGCACCAGUCGGGACGGCGCGGCUCCCACCCCGGCUUCGGCCGGUUCGCCUGUCCGGACGAGGACGGUUUCUUUUAGCCGGGCGCGACUGGGCGGACCCUGCCGGUGACCCGGAACUGGGCGGCCGCCGUCCGUGACGACCGGCGCCCGAGAGCGGCUCAGCACCGCCUGAAGGGGAUUCGUUCGAGUGGCGCUUCGAUCCGGGAUCGGCAGCGCCGCCGAUGGAUCUCCGCCGCACCGGCACGGAAGACGGAACCUGCGGCCGCAGCGCCGCUCACAGGAUACAUGGCGAGUCGUCGGACGAGCCGCAGCGACGGUCAGAGGGUGAGCGAACGCGGAGAGCAGCGCUCAGUGAAUCGGUCUGUGACUGAUACAGAUAUAUCAGAGGCAGAGUUCACCUGGAACGCCCGUCCAGCCGGCAACGGGCCAAGCGAGUGAUUAUGUAUACAAUAUCGGCGGACGUUUUCGCUUUAACCCCGCGACUGCUGAGUGCUGACUGCGCCGCCGUCGGCUCGGCGGGAGGCAAAUCUUCUCAGCCGCCGUCGUCCGUCGUUUCACUAAUCCCCAAUCAGCGGAACAUUAAACGGCAAUGCUUACUGGCGAGCUGAAGAGAACGCGCGCCGUUGGCAGCUGCCGCCGAGUUCCCGGAACGAGACGCUGGUUGCGGCCGCCCGCCCGGUCGAGAUUGAACCCGGCGGAUGGCCCCAGGGAGGAUCGAUGGCUGUCGGAGGCUGGGCGUGAGAGCCGCCGAGUGUGAACUCAGCCAGGUGGAUUUCCGCGGCCCUGAAUGGGUAUCAGACUAGUGACGGCAAUGACAGUGGUGUUGGCCUACAAAGUCAACACUCCAGCGUGCUAUUCCGGUGCUAAGUAGACGUAAGGUGUCGCUAAUAAGAAGUUAGGUAUAGGUAUCGUCUAUCGAUGUCUUGUUAUCGUAUUGUUUUAACCAAAUAUUUCUAAUAUUACUGCCGACAGACCGACGGCAUCGUAUAUGAAUUAUUGACGGAUUUUGAUUACACGUCACAAUUGAAUCAGUGUGGGGAUAUUUCACCGCGCGGGAGUAGCUGACGACGUUAUCAGAUAUCCGAGACGUGCGCAGAAAUCCCUGUUUCCUCUCUUUGUGCCAGGAAUAACCUUGAUUACUAAGCAAUAAUGUCAUUCACCAUCGCACAUUUGCGUGUCUUCUCUUAGGAUUGUCAUUAGCUGUAAGAGGAUGCAUCUUUCUUCCCUAUUCUGUCAUAUUUCCAGAUGUAUAUUAGUUCUGUGCGUUAUCGUAAUUACAUAUUUGCAACAAUUA